AGCCCCCAGUGGGGAAGGUGAAUUACAAAGCGGUGAAUGAGAGGCUGGAGGUCCUCACCUGUCAGGCCUUUGGCUUCUACCCCAAGGAGAUCCAGGCCACCUGGAGGAGGGACGGAGAGAUCUGGGAACAGGAGACCAUCCAUAGGAAAGUGGCCCCCAACUCAGACGGGACCUAUUAUCUCUGGCUCAGCAUUGAGAUCGACCCCAUGGAGAGGGACCGUUUUCGGUGUCACCUGGAGCAUAAGGGCUUGCAGGAGCCCCUGGACUUGGCUUUCAAGGAGGAAAGAGGGUGGCUGAUUCCUGUGGUAAUUGUAGCAGGCUUACUCCCAAUAGCUGCGAUUCUCUUCCUGAUAUGUAAACUCUUUGGCCUCAAUGCACCGCCUUCAGAGGAGCAAAUAUCAGCAGCUCAGGAGUCCGAGGAAAAUUCCCUUAAAUGUUCUGGGAAGAGCUGGAAAACCCAUAAUGCUGUCCCUGAAGAAGAUCUAUUUGCCACCUGGCAAAGGGAAGCUCUGAUGGAAGGGGAG